AUGGAGCAGGAGGAAGAAGGCCAGGGUGAUGCCCAGAUCGUGUCCACACUUGGCCGGCCAUCCUCGGGCACUUGGGAGGAGAAGGCUUGGGAAAUUACAAUGAAAGAGGUCAAGGUAUCACAAGGCUGGUGUGAGGAUAAAGCUGGAGCGGUAGGGCUGCAGCGGCUGCGCAGGCCUGGUUUAAGGAGGAGCCUGGGGAGAGGAGCUGCCCAUGGGAAUGAUGACUCCGGCUGCCGGGCCUUCAUCUCCUCCUUGAAGGCAUGGGAAGCCACCCUCUUCAUCCUGUGGCUGAGGGCUGGACAGAACAGUGCUGCUGCCCAGAUCUGCACUGUGGGCUUCACAGGCCUCCCAUUCACAAGAUUCUGGCUCUUCACUGUCCUGUAUGCAACAUGGUGGUACCUGGACCGAGACAAGCUGAUGGGGGGCAGGUGCAUCCAGGCCCUCAGGCGCUGGGUCAUAUGGAAGUACAUGAAGGACUAUUUCCCCAUCUUGCUGGUCAAGACUGCCGAGCUGGAGCCUCCCAGAACUGCAUCACAGGCUUCCACCCGCACCAACAGCGCAGGCUUCCCUUGGCUCUUCCCAGGUAUCUGCCCACAGCUGAUGAUGCUGACCUUGUGGUUCCAGUUCCUGUUCUUCAAGGACUACAUCAUGUCCGGAGGGCUGGUCACAUCAGAAAAGGAGAGCACUGCUCACAUUCUGAACGGAAGGGGUGGCGGGGACUUGCUGGCCAUCAUUGUGGGAGGUGCCCAGGAGGCACCAGAUGCCAGGCCCGGAGCCUUCACACUGUUACUGCAGAACCACAAGGGCUUUGUCAGGCUCGCCCUGAUACACAGGGAAGCUCUGUUGCUGAUCUUCUCCUUUGGGGAGAAUGACCUAUUUGACCAGGUAAAGAACUCUUCUGGCUUCUGGUUGUGCUGUGUCCAGAACCGGCUGCAGAAGAUCGUGGGCAUCUCCCUCCCACUCUUCCACGGCCAUGGCAUCUUCCAGGACAGCUUUGGUUUCAUGCCCUCCUGUUGGCCCAUCAUCAUCAUGAUGAGGAAGCCCAUCGAGGUGCACAAGAUGCUAUAGCGCUCAGAGGAGGUGCACCAGCUACACCAGCACUAUAUCAAUGAGUCGUGCAACCUCUUUGAGGCCCACAAGCUCAAGUUCAACAUCCCUGUUGACCAACACUUGGAGUUCUGCUGA